UUAGGUUAUUUUUUGUCCUUCUAUUUUAAGUUUUUUUGAAAAAGAAAAAUUAGCAAGUGGUGACGGCAACAGCAGAUAAUUGCUCAAAUCUGAGAUCCGGGUGGGCCCGGUCCAAUCCGUACCUCACCCAUCUCCUUCCUCGGGAAACGCCCCAACAGAAAAAUCAUUCCUUCCGAAACAUCCCAUUUGUUAAUUCUCUGCCGCAAACAAACAAACUGAUAGAGCAGCCGUCAGCUAUGGAGUCGGACAGUGCCACUGCGAGCAGCUCCGACGACGUCAAUGGCCCCGCCGCCACCCCAACCUUCACCCCCACCAUCAGUGAGAUCGAGGAGGAGAUGGACUCAUUCCAGCGCUUCGACGUCGUCUCCGACCAGGAGACCGACCACUUCUACGACAGCUGCCAGGCCGGCAUCAAGCUCGCCGACUCCUCCCCUGCCCAGAAGAAGAUCAUGCAGGAUUGGAAGAUCCUCGAUAAGAACCUCCCCUCCUCCAUCUACGUCCGCGUCUACGAGAACCGGAUCGACCUCAUGCGCGCCGCCAUCGUCGGCGCCGCCGGCACCCCUUACCACGACGGCCUCUUCUUCUUCGACGUCUGCUUCCCGCCCGACUACCCCGGCAGGCCGCCCCUCGUCCACUACAGGUCAUUCGGCGUCCGGAUCAACCCCAACCUCUACGUGAACGGAAGGGUCUGCCUCAGCCUGCUCAACACUUGGACGGGCAAGAAGAGCGAGCGCUGGAACCCCAACGAGUCCACUGUCCUCCAGGUUCUGCUCUCAAUACAAGCGCUGGUCCUCAACGAGAAGCCGUACUUCAACGAGCCGGGUCUCGGGAUGAUCCCCGGCCGGGGGUUCUGGGAGAAGAAAUCCUCUGCUUACACCGAGGAUGUCUUCAUCCUGUCUUGCAAGACGAUGAUCUGGCUGCUGCGCAGGCCGCCGAUGGGGUUCGAGGCCUUUGUGGCAGCACAUUUCCGUGAGCGGGCCCGCACCAUCCUAUCUGCCUGCCAGGCCUAUGCCUCGGGCCUGGCCAGGGUCGGGUACUACAGCGUGGCUGCAGGAACACCGGACCGAGCGUCUGAGGCUUCGAUGCGGUUCAAAGCAUCGAUGAGGGAGCUUUACCCAGUCCUGCUGUUGACCUUCCGGAGGGAGGGCGCCUCCGUCGGGGACUUCAGUGAACGGAUAGAGGGUAACGAAGAUAUGCCGGCGGAUGGUGUGGCAGCGGGGAAGAAGAAGAAACUCGGGGUUGCGGAUAAGAUAUUCAGGAAGCUGGGGAAGUUGUUGGGGCUGAAGAAGAGGAUGAAGAAGAAGAAGAACAGUGAAAAUGGUGGCAGGAGGAAAGGGGAGUUCUACAGCAGCACCCAAGUGAUCCCCAAUCCUCCCGAGCUUAUCACGGUCGGAGUUUAGUCGGAUUUUGAUUAGGAAGCCAGAUUCGAUUAUUUCACACUUCUUGUUUAUUCGAGUUUCGGUUCUUUUUUAUAGUCUAGGGCUCAUUGAUCAUCUGCAGAUAGGAUCAAAAUGGGUGAUUCGGACGGGGAACUCACACGGAUUAGGAGGAAGAUUAGAAACAGGACAACUGAGUUAUCAAUGCUGGAUUAAGGAUUCGGUUUUAACUAUCAAUGAAGCAGGCCUUUGGCGGUUUCGAUAUUUCGCCUUUA